AGAGCCGAAGAGUGGCUGUGAACCGUUGCAUGUUUCGAAACGUUUGUUUCGUGUGGUUGAAGCAACCGCCACGCCAAAGUGCGUUUGCAUUCACGAAAGGGACUGAACCAAUGCUGCCUGAACAAAAUUCUUCAAUCACCCAGCCAGCCACUUGGCCACUCUUCAUGACACGCUAGUAGCCACCCGUACCGGUAGUAGCAAGCAGCAAGGACGAACAAGACCUAUCGAAGUGGAGCAAUGGACAACGACGACAACGAGAGGAAUGAACGAUUCUUGAGCAACUUGCGUAGUACCAAUGACCAAAGAAGGCAGAAAUUGCAUCGGCUCCUUGCCGAGUAUGACCAAGAACUUGAGGAAUGGAAGGUCGCCAAUCCGGAUGUUACUACAUGUAGACCAUCACUAGAAGACCACCGCAUGUCCCUCGAGGUGGAAUGGGAUCUUCUCCAGGAAACCAAAGAACAAAUGUUUGAAAAAAGCCUGGUACACAUUGCUUCCGUCUUUCCUGAUUUUGCAGAAAGUGGGCCAUCCGAAGCUGUGGUUCGCCAUUGCCUGUUGCAAGAAUAUUCCGAGCAAGUACUGGAGUCCUAUCAUGAUUUGGCAGAAACACACUGGACACUCCAAAAAGUUCUGGAACGAGAAAAAGCCAAGCUCGAGCUGAAACAGACGUAUCUCAAACAACAGCAGAAUACUGUGACUCGGCUGCAGGAACAAUUGCGGUUUUACAAGCAAAAAGAAGAAACUGAAAAGGAGACUCUAGCAGAAACUGAUGACAAGGAACAGAAUGAGCACCAGUCACAAGUGUCCACAUUGAAGAAACAAAAUGAGUGGAUUCGUGGUGAACUUGGCUAUGUAUGCCAACAACUCAUGGCCAAGCUUGCAAAAGACAUUGAAAAGGGGGAAGCGGCGAAGCAACCAACGGAGAGCAAAGAACAACAGUCUAGCAAACACAAAAAGAGGAAAAAGACAAAGCAAAGGGACAAAGAGGGCCAGGCUGACGAAACUGAUUCCAAACGUACCUCAACAAUGGAAGACACAGUGAUGGAACUGGUUACAAGGUUGCUGGACAACCCUUCCAAUCCCUAUGUGUUUGUGGGAGAAAAUGGAAAUGCAGACGAGGCAAAUCCAUCGAAUUCACACGACAAACUUGGCAGGAAGGAAAUCAUGGAGGUAUUGAUUGAUUCUGGAGUGACCGUGGAACACCAGGACAAGUCCGGUUGGGUUUGUUUGACGGAUUACAGAGAAUAGACGAGAUAAGAACAUUCUUUUGAUUCAGCUGGGGAAGAAUGGGUUGAAAGGAAGGAUAGGGAAACAAUUUACACUAUUUGCAAUCAGAGAGUAAAGAAAUAAAGGGGAUCCGACAAGAUCCUGUCCUGCAGUGCAUGAUCGAAUUCAUUGCAGUUUUGGAUAAGUUGUCGAUGCUGUGACUGAGCCAUUUAGUUUUCUAGCUAGAGUCCGUGUCAAAGAUCCUCGUGUACGCUUACUAGUGCCAAUUAUUAUUUCUCGGGCUGCCAAACCCGCUUCCGUAGGAGCAACCAUGACGUGCUGAUGCCGAGAGCGGUAUUCCAAUAGCAUUCCAUCCAUUGCAUCUUCAUCAGAGAGAAGCCACCAACGAAAAUGAUUGCACUUACCGGUAUCUUCAAGCUGCUCUGCUGCUUGUUUAUUCUUCCACUUGGAGGCAUUUUUUGGAGUCAAACUAGUCGGCUGCAAGUUGAACUUUUG